GUGAAACUUGAUUGGCUCAUUUUGCACACGUGGGGACUCGUGGUGAGCAUUGAUUGGACAAAGACUAGGAAACUCCGCCCCCUUCUUCACAAACUUCACGUUGUCCAGGAAGUCGACGGACAUUUAGAAAAUUCCGUCAAAGAACUAGAGAUUUCUCCGUCAUGUCGCGGAAAUUCCUUCUUUUAGGACUACUGGGUAUUCUCCUAUUAGCAGGUGGUUGCUAUGCAGAAGAUGAAACAGUAGAAGAAGAUAUAGGAAAAAGCAGGGAUGGGUCAAAAACAGACGAUGAAGCAGUUCAAAGGGAAGAGGAGGCCAUUAAACUAGAUGGCCUCAACGUCGCCCAAAUGAAGGAACUACGCGACCAAGCAGAAAAACAUACAUUCCAGGCUGAGGUCAAUCGAAUGAUGAAACUUAUUAUAAACUCACUAUACAAAAAUAAGGAGAUCUUCCUUAGAGAGUUAAUUUCAAAUGCCUCAGAUGCGCUAGACAAAAUACGAUUUUUAUCUCUAACUGAUCCAGAUGCGCUAAAAGCUACAGAUGAAAUGACUAUAAAAAUAAAGGCAGAUAAAGAAAAUCAUGUCCUACACGUCACAGAUACUGGAAUAGGUAUGACAAGGAAUGAUCUCAUUAACAAUCUCGGAACGAUUGCUAAGUCUGGAACUAGUGACUUCUUGAAGAAAAUGGAGGAUGGCUCAUCUGAAGGUGUCGAGAUGAAUGAUCUUAUCGGACAAUUUGGAGUUGGAUUUUACUCCUCUUUCUUAGUUGCUGACACUGUCGUGGUUACCUCCAAAAAUAAUGAUGAUGACCAAUAUAUCUGGGAAUCAGAUGCUAGCUCUUUCUCUAUCGCUAAGGAUCCCCGUGGCAACACCCUGCCCCGUGGUACCACCAUCAGCCUUCACCUGAAGGAAGAAGCCCAUGACUUCCUUGAGCCAAACUCUCUAAAAGACCUUGUGAAGAAAUACAGUCAGUUCAUCAACUUCAACAUCUACAUCUGGGAGAGCAAGACUGAAACAGUCGAGGAGCCCAUUGAUGAAGAUGAAGAGGAGGCUGAGAAGCCAGCUGAUGCUGAGGAGGAGAAAGCUGAUGAGGAUGAAGAUGAAGCUAAGGUUGAAGAGGAGAAGGAAGAGGAUAAACCAAAGACCAAGAAGGUUGAAAAGACCACUUGGGAUUGGGUCCUCAUGAAUGAGAACAAACCCCUUUGGACCAGAAAGGCUUCCGAGAUUGAGGACUCCGAGUACAAUGAGUUCUACAAGUCAUUCAGUCGUGACUCCGAAGACCCUAUGGCCAAAACUCACUUCACCGCUGAGGGAGAGGUCACCUUCAAAUCAAUCCUGUUUGUCCCUAAAACUUCCCCUGGAGAUAUGUUCAACAACUAUGGCAAAUCUUACGACUUUAUUAAGAUGUUUGUCAGGAGAGUGUUCAUCACAGAUAACUUUGCUGACAUGAUGCCUAAAUAUCUUUCUUUUAUUCGUGGAGUGGUUGAUUCUGACGAUCUCCCAUUGAACGUAUCCCGUGAGACCCUCCAGCAACACAAACUGUUGAAGGUUAUUAAGAAGAAACUUGUCCGUAAAUCACUCGACAUGAUCAAGAAAAUUGACAAAGAAGAGUAUGAAAAGUUCUGGAAGGAAUACAGCACCAACAUCAAACUUGGAGUUAUUGAGGACCACUCUAACAGGACACGCCUUGCCAAACUUCUCCGAUUUUUCACCUCCAACUCAGAGACAGAACAAACAAGUUUAGCAGAUUAUGUGGAGAGGAUGAAGGAAAAGCAAGAAACCAUCUUUUUUAUGGCUGGAACUAGCCGUGAUGAGGUUGUGAAAUCACCAUUUGUUGAGCGUCUACUUAAGAAGGGCUAUGAAGUAUUGUACCUCAUUGAGCCAGUUGAUGAGUACUGCAUCCAAGCACUUCCCGAGUUUGAUGGCAAGAAGUUCCAGAAUGUUGCAAAGGAGGGACUGAAGCUUGAUGACAGUGAGAAAGCUAAGGAAGCCAAAGAAGAACUUGAGAAGACAUUUGAACCACUGCUGACCUGGAUGAAGGAUGAUGCCCUCAAGGAUAAGAUUGAGAAGGCUACAAUUUCUGAUCGUUUGACGACCUCUCCAUGUGCUUUGGUUGCCAGCUCAUACGGCUGGUCAGGUAACAUGGAACGUAUCAUGAAGGCACAGGCAUACGCCAAGGCCCAGGACCCAUCCCAAAAUUUCUAUGCAAACCAGAAGAAAACUCUAGAAGUAAAUCCAAGACAUCCCCUCAUCAAGGAACUCCGUCAGCGUGUUGAGAAAGACAAAGAUGAUCAAACUGCAAAGGAUCUCGCCCUGGUCAUGUUGGAAACUGCAACUCUAAGAUCAGGCUACUCACUAUCAGACUCCUCAGGUUUUGCUGAGAGAAUAGAGCGCAUGUUGAGACUCAGUAUGGACGUACCAUUGGAAGAACAGAUUGAGGAGGAACCCGAAUAUGAAGAUGAUGAGGAGGCAGCUGAAGGUGAAGAUGAGAUUGAUGCUGAGGCUGAAGAUGAGGGAGAAGUUGAAGAAGAAGCAGUUGCUGAUGAGACGGAAGAUGCACAGACAGAGCAGAAGGAUGAAUUAUAAGUAUGGGGAUUCUAGGAAAGUAAACAUAGACUUGAUCAACACUUCAUCAUCAUUAUAGACUGUGGAACUUUCACACUCACAUCAUGUUCAUCAAAACAGAGGAUGUAUUCAUAAUUUCAUGGAAACAGGAUGUUGUCAUAGCAACAGGUUUCUGCUGUCAUAGUUACAGGCAACAUAAAUAUAUGUUACCAUAACAACAGAUUCUAGAUGUAGACAUUCCCACUGGAACUUUUAUUAUUAAGGAUUAGACAAUAUGUGAUAAUGGAGAAUUCCAGAAAUUCUUGUCACGAUGAAGGAUUAUCAUGAUAACGCAGUUACCAUGGUGAUGAUGAGGCAAGUAAAGCUGAAAAAUAAUGCUCAUAAUGCUAUGUACUAUAAAUUUGCCAAUGCCAAGUUAUUCUACCAUACAAUGGUAGUUUGAUUUACUCCAACACAAGAAAGGAUUAACUCUGCCACCGAAUUAUGCAAUUUGUUCCCUGAGUAAUAUGAUAAUUUUAUUAUUUCAUCAUUGAUUUUAUAAUGAGUCUAUUCAGAAGGGUUAUGGUUAUUUUUUCAAAGUGUGCAACAUUCCGAAGAAUUUGUCAAACUAAUGUCAUUAUUAUUUUAUCGAAGGGUAUUUUCAUGUUGUAAAAAGAUGAAUUGUAACUAACAAUGUGUAUUUAAUACAACAAAGCAAUGUUCUUGUACAUUGGUAGCAAUAUUACGGCAUUGUGCGAGCACCAAUUAGUUUUGAAUAAAAAUACAUAUUUAAGAUGUUUAUAAGAAAUAUUAUUUUUUGUACGUUUGUCAUCAUGGUAUGUAAUACAAGUUGUUGUAUGCAACU